AUGAAGAAGUUAUCACUCUUCGUCAUUACAAACACAGAACACCUCACAUGUUACACAAGGCAGCGUGGACGGGCGAAGCAGGGGCGGAAGGGAGACAUCCAAGGGCAGAAAGAAGACAACCAGGAGCAGAAAGAAGACAACCAGGAGCAGAAAGAAGACAACCAGGAGUGGAAAGAAGACAACCAGGAGCGGAAAGAAGACUACCAGGGGUGGAAAGAAGACAGCCAGGAGUGGAAAGAAGACAACCAGGAGCGGAAAGAAGACAACCAGGAGCGGAAAGAAGACAACCAGGAGCGGAAAGAAGACUACCAGGGGUGGAAAAGAAGACUACCAGGUGGAAAGAAGACCGGUGGAAGAAGACAAGGAGCCAGGGGGACUGGAAAAAGGCAACCAGGAGCGGAAAAGACAGCCAAGACAGCCAGGGUGGAAAGAUAG